CAAUCGAACGAGUAAUCAAGCCACGAUGCCUUCCUUCAACGAGUCCCUAAUCGAGGUGAUGUUUCUGGCCUCGAAAAUAGCCGCCCCAACGGACCGAGUCCGUGUUACCGAAUGGAUACGAAAAUUGACGGAAACCCACGCAGAGAAAAACACGCAUCCCAGAUUGGUUGAAGAAUAUCUGGAAUAUCUGAAGCUUCUGCUGUCGUCAACCCCAAUCUACUUUGUGGAUCCCUUCAAAAGUUAUCCCCCCAAGCAACCACUUGUCCCGCUGGCUGAAGCGCUAGGAAACUCGCUCAGCAGCAAGUGUCCCUUCCUGCCGCCGACCGGACCCCUAGCGCCGGUUGUCCUGCAUCGAUCCGGUGACGACACUGCAACCAUUUCGGUUCACCAGAAUCCGGACGGGGAAGUUUUCUGCUACAUGGCAAUUGCACCACGAGAUUAAAUUAUUAGUGUUCGACAAAGAACGAGUCAAUUUAGAUUCUUAUUUUAUAUCUAUUCAAAGCUGAAAAAAUAUAUG